GGCGCUGCAUCCUGGCGCGGGCCUCCGCCGCCGCUGCAGCCACUGCCGUCGGGAAAGGUCCCGGCGCGGACAUGACCUAGCGCGCCGCUCUCCUGGGCGGGAGCUCCCGGCGCCCAGCGCAGUAGCCCCGCGAAGAGGCGGCGGACUGGACGGUGCAGACCGCGCAGAAAACGAGGCGGGCGGCAUGGAGGCGGCGCACCUGCUCUCGGCAGCCGACGUGCUGCGCCGCUUCUCGGUGACGGUCGAGGGCGGCCUGAGGCCAGAGCAGGUGACUAGCGCGCGAGAGCGCUACGGCCCCAACGAGCUCCCAACUGAGGAAGGGAAGUCCCUGUGGGAGCUGGUGCUGGAGCAGUUUGAAGACCUCCUGGUGCGCAUCCUGCUGUUGGCUGCCCUGGUCUCCUUCGUCCUGGCCUGUUUUGAGGAGGGCGAGGAGACCACAACAGCCUUCGUGGAGCCUCUGGUCAUCAUGCUGAUCCUCGUGGCCAAUGCCAUCGUGGGCGUAUGGCAGGAACGCAAUGCUGAGAGUGCCAUUGAGGCCCUGAAAGAGUAUGAGCCUGAGAUGGGUAAGGUGAUCCGCUCGGACCGCAAGGGCGUGCAGAGGAUCCGCGCCCGGGACAUCGUCCCUGGAGACAUCGUGGAAGUAGCAGUGGGAGACAAAGUGCCCGCUGACCUCCGCCUCCUCGAGAUCAAGUCCACCACUCUGAGAGUGGACCAGUCCAUCCUGACAGGUGAAUCCGUGUCUGUGACCAAACACACAGAUGCUAUCCUGGAUCCCAGAGCUGUGAACCAGGACAAGAAGAACAUGCUAUUCUCUGGUACCAACAUCGCAUCGGGCAAGGCACUGGGGGUGGCAGUGGCCACAGGCCUGCACACAGAGCUGGGUAAGAUCCGGAGUCAGAUGGCGGCAGUGGAGCCAGAGCGGACACCGCUGCAGCACAAGCUGGAUGAGUUCGGGCGGCAGCUGUCCCGUGCCAUCUCUGUGAUCUGUGUGGCCGUGUGGGUCAUCAACAUCAGCCACUUCGCUGACCCAGCCCAUGGUGGCUCCUGGCUUCGUGGUGCCGUCUACUACUUCAAGAUUGCCGUGGCUCUGGCUGUGGCUGCCAUCCCUGAGGGCCUCCCAGCUGUUAUCACUACAUGCCUGGCUCUGGGCACACGGCGCAUGGCACGCAAGAAUGCCAUUGUGCGGAGUCUGCCCUCUGUGGAGACGCUGGGCUGCACCUCGGUCAUCUGCUCCGACAAGACAGGCACACUCACCACCAAUCAGAUGUCUGUCUGCCGGAUGUUCGUGGUAGCCGAAGCUGAAGCAAGCUCCUGCCGUUUGCACGAGUUCACCAUCUCCGGCACCACUUACGCCCCGGAGGGCGAAGUGAGGCAGGCGGAGCAGCUCGUGCGCUGUGGGCAGUUCGAUGGGCUGGUGGAGCUGGCGACAAUCUGUGCCCUGUGCAACGACUCAGCGCUGGACUACAAUGAGGCUAAGGGCGUAUAUGAGAAGGUGGGAGAGGCCACGGAGACAGCCCUGACUUGCCUGGUGGAGAAAAUGAACGUGUUUGACACCAACCUCCAGGCCCUGUCCCGAGUGGAACGAGCCAGUGCCUGCAAUGCGGUCAUCAAGCAGCUGAUGCGGAAGGAGUUUACUUUGGAGUUCUCCCGGGACCGGAAGUCCAUGUCAGUGUACUGCACGCCCACUCGCCCUGGCCUGGCAGCCCAGGGCAGCAAGAUGUUUGUGAAGGGGGCUCCUGAGAGUGUGAUCGAGCGCUGCAGCUCAGUCCGAGUGGGAAGCCGCACAGUACCCCUGAACGCCACCUCCAGGGAGCAGAUCCUCGCCAAGAUCCGGGAUUGGGGCUCCGGCUCAGACACGCUGCGUUGCCUGGCACUGGCCACUCGGGAUGCACCCCCAAGGAAGGAGGACAUGCAGCUGGAAGACUGCAGCAAAUUUGCGCAGUACGAGAUGGACCUGACUUUUGUGGGCUGCGUGGGCAUGCUGGACCCUCCAAGGCCCGAGGUGGCUGCUUGCAUCGCACGCUGCCACCAGGCCGGCAUCCGUGUGGUCAUGAUCACAGGGGACAACAAAGGCACAGCUGUGGCCAUCUGCCGCCGGCUUGGCAUCUUCAAGGACACAGAGGAUGUGGUGGGCAAGGCCUACACGGGUCGCGAAUUCGAUGACCUCAGCCCUGAGCAGCAACGCCAGGCCUGCCGCACAGCGUGCUGCUUUGCCCGUGUGGAACCUGCACACAAGUCCCGAAUUGUGGAGAACCUACAGUCCUUCAAUGAGAUCACCGCCAUGACUGGAGACGGGGUGAAUGAUGCCCCGGCUCUGAAGAAAGCAGAGAUUGGCAUUGCCAUGGGCUCCGGCACAGCUGUGGCCAAGUCGGCAGCUGAGAUGGUGCUGUCAGAUGACAACUUUGCCUCAAUUGUGGCUGCAGUGGAGGAGGGCCGGGCCAUCUACAACAACAUGAAGCAAUUCAUCCGCUACCUCAUCUCCUCCAAUGUCGGCGAGGUUGUCUGCAUCUUCCUCACGGCAAUUCUGGGCCUGCCGGAAGCCCUGAUCCCUGUGCAGCUGCUCUGGGUGAACCUGGUGACGGAUGGCUUACCUGCCACAGCCCUGGGUUUCAACCCACCAGACCUGGACAUCAUGGAGAAGCUGCCCCGGAACCCUCGUGAGGCCCUCAUCAGUGGCUGGCUGUUUUUUCGAUAUCUGGCUAUUGGAGUGUACGUAGGCCUGGCCACGGUGGCUGCCGCCACCUGGUGGUUCCUAUAUGAUGCCGAGGGACCUCACGUCACCUUCUACCAGCUGAGGAACUUCCUGAAGUGCUCCGAGGACAACCCACUCUUUGCUGACAUUGACUGCGAGGUCUUCGAGUCACGCUUCCCCACAACCAUGGCCUUGUCUGUGCUGGUGACCAUUGAAAUGUGCAAUGCCCUCAACAGCGUCUCGGAGAACCAGUCGCUGCUGCGGAUGCCACCCUGGCUGAACCCUUGGCUGCUGGCAGCUGUGGCCAUGUCCAUGGCCCUGCACUUCCUCAUCCUGCUGGUGCCACCCCUGCCCCUUAUUUUCCAGGUGACCCCACUGAGUGGGCGCCAGUGGGUAGUGGUGCUCCAGAUAUCUCUGCCUGUCAUCCUGCUUGAUGAGGCCCUCAAGUACCUGUCCCGGAACCACGUGGAUGAAGAAAAGGACAAGAAGUGAGUGCUGGGAACAGAGUGGAGUCUCCAGUGCGUACCUCAGCCUGAUGAUGCCCAAGCGUUCACUCCUACUCCCCACACUGCCAUCACGCUCACCGCUUGCUCACUGGGCCCUGCCGAGGGUCUCUGUCCUCGCUUCCAUAUGCAUGGGGGCUGUGCAACUCAUGCCUCUGGGACUCUCCUGGGAAGUUCACCCCUGACGUUCCGGCUCCAGAGCAGCAGCCUAGGAGGGGCCUGCCCAGAAGCCAGAGCUGGAAGCAGAUCCAGACAUGCAGAGGCCUCUACCCCCAGAUCUAUGAGCACAUUCUGGAGCAGGCACCCCCUUGCUUGGAGGCUGGGCAUUUUACUUGGUCACUGGUGCUUCUGUACUGAUGGAGGACUCCUGGAGUUCCUGCUAGCUCUGACCUCUCACUUAGUGCCUGGUCUGGGGCCUGGUCAGCGGGAUGGGGGGCGGUGAAGGGGAGGACAUCUGGGCCCAGCUGUGCACAGUGAGGGCAGACAACCCCCCUCCACUCUGCUCUUUUCCCACAAAGUUGGCACGUGAGGGUUUGAGCCUCUUACUGUUUAUAUGUGCAGGGGGUUGAAGGGUCAGUGGGAGGGAGAUGGUAGUAGUGGGGCGGGGGGGGGGUGCGCGGGGGUGCUGGGUAAGGAUCCCCUUCCCAGGAGACAGCUGGCUUGGCUGCCUCGGCUGCCUCAGUUCUGGACACUCCCAGACUGAGAUUUCCCUGUCCUAAGCAAAUGAGACAUGCCAAGUCUCGUUGCUGUCCAGUCUGCCAAGCAGAGGCUGGAUUUGCCCUCCAUGUCCCUGGUGCCUAAGACCCCAGACAUCCUUGGGUACCUGAUCACUGUGCCCUCUCAGCUCAACCCUGUGUGCACCAUCCCACAGUCUGCAUGGCUGGGUGAUUCUGAGUCUUCUAGACUCUUGGCCUCACUCUUCACCUCCAACCCCACAUAUCCGUGAGCUGAAAGGAUGUCACUAAGAAUGGCUAGUUACCCAACAGCACUUACUCUCCCUCCCUCAUUGCUGGAAGAAUGUGUGUCCAUCGUGGAUCAUGUUGGAUGAUGGGAAAAGAGCGUUUGACGGACAUAAAUGUUCUUUUAAUUCGGCUCUUGCCCCUCUGGCAAAAAUUAGGCAUGGAAGAAAACAGUGGGUCAAUGUACAUCCUCACCCCUCCUGGAGAGUAUACCAAGUGAUUCUUUUAUGUGUAAAUCAAGACUCACAUCCCUGUCCUGGUCCCCAGAAUCAAAAAGCGCCCUUAGCCUGCCUUGCAGACAAAUGGGCUCCAGGCUCUGUGGCCUCUUACCACACCUUUCUUCCCUCCCCUCUCUCAGUCAGGCGGGGCUCCCCUGGGCACUAGCCCACAGAGAUUCUCUGCUUCUGUCCUGCUGAAGGGAAGGCAGAUCUUGAGGUGGGGGACGGUGGGAGGGCCCUGAACCCACCUGUUGACGUGAAGCUGGUAGAGAAAUAAAGGUUGAGUGCCGGGGGCAAUGGAGGAUCAUCACCAUCUGUUUUCCUAAUGAGUGGCUCCACCAUCUGCCCAUGGGUCUACCUGAGCUGUCACCAGCUAUACCCACCUCACCUCUGGGAACAAGAGUCAAGGUCUGGGGUUCCCACAUUGCCAGCCAGGGAUUGCCCUCUUCCUCUGAGAUAAGGCACUGACUUCCCCAGCCACUCCCAAAUGGCAGAGACACAACUCUGCUCCUCACAGGGACAGCACUUGAUAGUUGGUGCAUGUGUUCAAACCCCCUGCACAUGUUAAGACUCACAUGUCAUCAGUGAGGAAACAGGCUGGGAGGGGUUUAGGACUUGGUCUGGGGCAGGGCUAGGCCUGGAACCUAAAUAUCAGGGGCCUCCAGCCCUGACUAUUCUGUGGGUCCUGAAUCUCUCCCUGAGGUUUCUCGCUCUGCUUCCUUGCCCUCCUUGAACCCCAAGGAUGCCUUCAAUUUCUGACCCUUCCAAGCCCAGCUCAAAGGCACCUCUCCAUGGCUUCCUUCAGCUCACAUUGUCCAAGAGCCUUUGAGAGGCUGCUUGAUAUUAACUCCUGACUCACCCAAGUGACCCUGCCCUCUGGGAGCAGGGGCUCUGCAAAAGGAAUUAGCUGUGCGUCCCCAUCUACCUGAUUUCCUUCCUCUAUAGGGGAGAUUCAUUCAUGAAGUUUCUGUAUCUAAUCCUUUGCCCAGCUGCCUUGGGAAGGGAAAUCAGGCCCUGCCCACAGAGCCAGAGACAGGACUGACUUUGGAAUUUGCGAGCUGAGUACAAAAUGAAAAUGCGGAGCCCUUUGUUUAAAAAGUAAGAGUUUCAUAACAGUGACAGCAGAGCAUUAAAACCAAGACCAGGGCCUUUCUGAGCAUGGGGUCCAGUGCACCUGCCUAGAGCACACAUCCAUGAAGCCAGCCAUGACUGGAAGAGACAGAACUCGCCCUUAGGAGCUCCUAGACUUUAUGUGGGGGGAAGGGCAAGAUUUGGCACACGGCUCACAGCUGGAGCCAAGGAUGGGCAGGAUGCUUCCUUCUGCGUGGUCCAUCACUAGGACCUCUCAGAUCCCCAAACCUCUGCAUACUCUGCAUCUCCCUGGGUGCCCAGCCAGCUCCUUGAGAUGGGCCAAGCCAGGGGUUAGGGCUCCAUUUUACGGAUAAAAGAUCCCCAAGACUCUGAGAGCCUGACUAUGUAGCUGAUUUCCUCAUGAUGUAUAGGCAGAGUGUGGAGCUAAGAUGGGCUUGGGGGGCUUGCUUAGGAGACAGGGCAGCUCCAGGACUUCCAUCAGCUGCUGGAGGUCAUGGGCAGGCCGGCUUCACCUCUGCCCCCACCCAAGCCUGCACAAACCCAGCCUUGCCAGCCCACAGCAUGGAGCCUGGCAGGUCAGGAUGGAGCAGCCAAGGUAAACAGAGGUUUCCUACCUCACAGCCACUCACCCAAGAGGGAGUUCUGGGGCAAGCCCCGGCUCACUUUGCACUGGCUCAGGGAUGGCAGCUGCCAAAAUGUCCGUGGCCUUUUCCUGCCCCCUCCAUUGGCCCAUGUUGUGCUUCCCAUGCCUCCCAUGCUACACCCCUCACAGGGGUAGGAGAGACCUCGUUGGGGCCGUACCGGGAGAAAUGGAGGUACAAAAUCAGAAAAUGACCUAACGUCCACACAAAGAACUGAACUCAACUGUCUGUGGCAGCUUUACUCAUCACAGCCCCAAACCGAACACAACCCAAAUGGCCAUCAACGGGGGAAGGACAACAAGCUGUGGUAUGUCCAUACGACAGAAUACUUCUCAGUGAAAAAAAGGAGCAAGCUAUUGAUAUAUGCCACAGCAUGGAUGAAGCUUAAAACCCUUGUGCUGAGUGAAAGAAGCUCAUACUGUGCAAUUCCACCUCCAUGAAAUUCUAGAAAAAGCAAAACAAAUCUAGUGACAAAACAGAUCAGUAAUUGGCUGGGGGUUGGGGAGAGAUUGACAGCAAAAGAACAGGAGGGAACAUUCUAA